AUGGCACGCCAUCUCAAAGCCGGUGCUUCAAGCACAGCAUCUUCCACUAGUAACGCACCCUCCAAUGUCCCAUCCAUCGUGGCCGGCGUCAUCGACUCGAUACGAAAAGACGGGGACUCAGCAGUUCGUUCCUUUUCCGAGAAAUUCGACAAAUGGUCACCAGUAUCAUUCAAACUCUCAAAAGACGAGAUCGAGAAGAUCAUCGCUACGCUACCUGAACAAGUCAUCAAGGAUAUCAAGCAAGUGCAGCAUAACGUGCGGACAUUUGCCCAGGCGCAGAAGGAUAGCCUGAAGGAGUUUGAGCUGGAGAUUCAGCCUGGAGUGUUUUUGGGGCAGAAAAAUAUUCCGAUUAAUUCUGUUGGAUGGUACGUACCUUCGUUAAUCUACAUUCUGCAUUUACUGACAAUCUGCAGUUAUAUUCCGGGUGGUCGAUAUCCUCUCCUAGCAUCUGCACAUAUGACUAUCCUAACCGCAAAAGUCGCUGGCGUUCCACACGUAAUGGGCUUCACACCCCCAAUCAAUGGAUCUAUACCCGCAGCAACAGUCGCAGCUAUGUUCUUCGCAGGCGCAGAUUCCAUUUAUAUUCUCGGGGGCGUCCAAGCAGUCGCGGCAAUGGCGCUGGGAACAGAAACUAUCCCUAAGGUAGACUUCAUCGCCGGGCCAGGAAACGCAUUCGUCGCAGAAGCAAAACGACAAUUCUUCGGCGCUGUAGGAAUCGAUCUCUUCGCUGGACCAACAGAGGUUUUGAUCGUGGCCGACGAGUUCGCGGAUCCCUUCACCGUGGCCACCGAUCUGUUGAGUCAAGCUGAACAUGGCCCCGAUACGCCAGCUGUACUCAUCACCACAUCAGAGGAGCUGGCACGGGAGACUAUGAGGUUAGUGGAUGUGAUUUUGCCCAACAUGUCGACUGGAAAGUUAGCCGGUACGAGUUGGAGAGAUUAUGGUGAGGUAUGGGUCGUGGAUGAUUUGGAUGAGGCGUAUAAAUGGGCAGAUAUAUAUGCUAGUGAGCACGUCCAGAUCCUGACGCAGAAUCCACGAGAGGCACUCGUCAAGAUGACGAAUUAUGGAGCUCUAUUCUUGGGAGAGAAGACUUGUGUGAGUUAUGGUGAUAAGGUACGUUUCAAAUUCCCAGUCUCGCGACAAUUACUAACAAGGCUAAGGUCAUUGGCACCAACCACGUUCUUCCAACUCGCGGAGCUGCUAGAUACACCGGCGGUCUUUGGGUUGGCAAGUACUUGA